GCCAGGCCGCGCCCGCAGCCCGGGGACCCGGCGCAACUCGCCGGGCAGCCUGACGAGUUGGGGUGGCCGGGGCUCGGCGCCCGGCCGCCUUUCUUACCCUUCGCCAGCCCGGUUCCACGGGGCCGUGGAGGAGGGGCUCGAGUCCCCCAACCCCCUGAAGUCCCGAGCCAUCCCUGCGGGUCCCGGCCCCUCUCCGAGCCGCACAACUUCCCAGGAGCCGGGGCCAAAGUGCGCGCAAAGUGCUGCCCAAGUUCCCGGGAUGGAGCUGCAGAGCCGGCCGGAGGCGCUCGCCGCGGAACUGUCCCGCCACCAGAACGGCGACCUCAAGAAGCAGCUUCACGAAAGGCAGCCGCGGAUCGCAGCGCUCAGCGACAAACAAGCUUUGGGAAGCAUCACUGCAGUGCCUGUCACGGGUCCUCAGGUCAGCUCCUUGCAGAGGUUGGCCGGACAAGGAGCGGCUGUGCUACCUCAGGUUAGGCCAAAGACUCUGAUUCCAGACAGCCUCCCCGUUGCCCCGGGCCGGGACCGGCCACCCAAGCAGCCCCCGACAUUUCAGAAGGGCACCGUGGUCAGCAUCAAGAAUCCCAGCCCAGCCCUCCCCACUGCCAACAACACCGUCAGCCAUGUGCCAACGCUCGGCAGCCAGCCCCAGGCCCUGGCCGAGCCCCCUGCCAUUGCCUCGCCCCUGAGCAGUGCCGGGGUGGCCUACGCCAUCAUCUCCACCUCUCCCAGCAAUGCCGCCGCCGCCAUCGCCCCCAGCGCCACCGUGCCCGUGGGCAGUGACAGCAUCAAAGUGCAGCCCCUCCUCAUCAGUGCCGACAGCAAGGUCAUCAUCAUCCAGCCUCAAGUGCAGACACAGCCCGAGAGCUCAGUGGAGCCCCGGCCGCCCACAGAGGAGCCAUCUCCGGGAGCUCAGGCCACCAAAAGGAAGAAGGAAGACCGAGCCCCGAACCAGGAGAACCCUGAGAAAAUCGCCUUCAUGGUAGCACUCGGCCUGGUCACGACAGAGCACCUAGAAGAAAUCCAGAGCAAGCGCCAGGAGCGAAAGCGGAGGAGCACCGCCAACCCCGCCUACAGCGGCCUCCUGGAGACCGAGCGGAAGCGGCUGGCCUCCAGCUAUCUCAACAGCCCCCUGUUCCUCGCAGCACGAGCCAAUGAGGACCCCUGCUGGAAGAGCGAGCUCGUGCGUGAUGAGUACUGUGUGGCCUGCAAGCGGGGUGCCAACCUGCUGCGCUGCGGCGCUUGCCCGGGGGCCUACCACCUCGGCUGCCUGCACCCGCCCCUCAAGGCGGUGCCCAAAGGCGGGUGGCUGUGCCCCAAGUGCCAGCAGAAGGCCUUAAAGAAAGACGAGAGUGUACCCUGGACUGGCAUGCUGGCCAUCGUGCACUCCUACGUCACCCACAAGACGGUCAAAGAAGAGGAGAAGCAGAAGCUGCUGCAGCGAGGCAAUGAGCUGCAGAGUGAGCACCAGCAGCUGGAAGAGCGGGACCGCCAGCUGGCCUCAGCCAUGCAGAAAUGCCUGGAGCUUAAGACCAGCCUGCUGGCCCGACAGAGGGGCACCCAGUCUUCCCUGGACCGCCUCCGGGCCCUCCUGAGACUGAUACAGGGCGAGCAGAUGCUCCAGGUCGCCAUGACGACCAUGAGCCCCACCCCCCUGCUGGCCGGGCCCUGGACCAAGCCCUCAGCUGCUGCCAUGCGCUCCACCCUCCAGCACCCCCAGGACCACAAGUGACCACAGAGACCUGUCUUUGUGCCCACGGAAAUUACUGGGACCCUGCUCAUGUGACCUCGGGGUUCUGUCGGCCUUAAUUCAUAUAUUCUAUGAAUUCAGACAAAAAAACAGAGAACCAAGAAGAGAAGGGAGAAGGAGCUGGGCAAGCAGCCUGAGCCAUGACAGGGGAGGGGAACCCUGCGCCUUCCCCAUCCAGGGACUCCUGGACGACAGGUGGGGUCCAAGCACAGGUGGCCCCAUCCUCGGGUGCCCCUUCCGGCUCUCCCCACAGCCCCACCCACACUUGCGGGUGGGAGGCUGCACUGGAGGUCGGACGCAGCAGGCUGGCUCUGCCGGGCCUGCAGGGUCACCUCGAGCCUCCUGCUUCCAGGGCGAGCAGGGCGCGUUAGCUGAGUAGUAGGGUAGUUGGGCUGGGCGUGGCAGGAGAAGAGGGUAGCAAGCUAGGUAGUCCUCCAACGCCCGCCCUCAGGCCGCCGGGGUUCCCUGCCUGCCUUCCCAGCGCCACAUUGUCAGUAUUACUAGGUUGAGACGCAGCUCUUGAAGUGGAAAGCCGCCGCCCAGCGCCUUUUUGGGCUCACAUUGCCGCUCCUCGCUGUGUUUCCCUCGCAGGGUUUUUGGGCAGGGCGGAGCUGCCGCUGCGCGGAGGUGCCGCCUGCUGGCUUCCGUUUCGGGCUGAGCCAUUCAACUUACCAUGGGAGCCUUUUCCUCUCUGCUUCCCGGAAGCCGCUAAGUAUUCCAGUCCUCUGUUCUUGCCAGUACAGUCGCGAUGCCAAAAAGAUAACUUUACAUUUUUGUAUGGCAUUUUUAGUUGUGAGGAAUUUAAUGUGCGGGGGGCUCCUGCUCCCUUCUCUGCCUCUGGUGGUCUCUGCCCUGUGGUGUGGCGAAUGCCGCACUCCCUGCAGGCCUGGUCACCCCAAGACUGGGUGGGUUUUAAAAGCUGGGGUGCAGAGUGGGGAGAAAGGACAGGCUGCAGCUUUGGGAUGGCCCGGCGUUCGGGGACUUGAGGGUCCUCCAGCCUCUCCCCAGGCCUCCCUCUUCCAGUCGGCUCUUCCAGCUCACCAUGCCCACCAGCUUCUUGUCCCCUGCUUGGGGGCACAGCACAACAAGAAAAGCGCCCAGGAGCCCGGGGCUGCGCCCCAGCGUAUCACAUGGUGCCGAAUUGCAUUGAACACACGUGCGCGUGUGUGUGUGCACGCGCGCGUGUGUGUGCUUUGCAGCCCGGCCCCAGACACGCACGCAUGCACACAGACUGCCACGCGGUCCCUCUUGUCAUUUCCACGACUCCGGGAGAAACUGUGCUGUACGAUACAGAUCUAUUUUAAUACACUCAACACUGGGUUGAACAAGAUUUUUAUAUUUUAUUGAUGAACAAAGUGAGCCGCGUGAGGCCCACAUCUUAUAUAUUGGUUAUUCUCGAUGCCAAUUAUGCAUUCCUGCGAGACUUGCGACCUAAAUGUCUUCAGGUUCCUCUUCUGUUGUUUGUUUUUCUUCUUGGAUGGAUUGAAUUAGAACUUUUCAAAAUGUCACGGGAGGGUGUGGAAGGUUGGACCCGGGAGGGGUAGCUGCCGACGUGUCUUGAGACUUAGUUUUUUGGACCAAGGAGGACCGUCCAGUGGAUAGUGAGGAUAGAGAAAAAGUGUUUGUCCUAAAUAUGCC